GGAAUACAGAGGACGGGGACAUCUCUCUGGUGGGUUCCCAUUACUGGAUCCAUCUACUUGAUGAUGGUGAGGGAUGAUGUGAUAUUCAUAUGUUGAAUCCAGGGAAUACAGAGGACAGGGACAUCUCUCUGGUGGGUUCCCUUUACUGGAUCCAUCUACCUGAUGACAGUGAGGGAUGAUGUGAUCUUCAUCUGAUGAUGGUGGAGGAUGCUGUGACCUUCCUGUGUGGAAUCCUGGGAAAACAGAGGAAGGGGACAUCUCUCUGGUGGGUUCCCAUGACUGGAUCCAUCUACCUGAUGAUGGUGAAAGAUGGUAUGAUCUUCAUAUGUGGAAUCCUGGGAAUACAGAGGACAGGGACACCUUUCUGGUGGGUUCCC